UCUUCAAUAUGUAUUGGACAGUUGAAUAAUAUUUAGAUAACAAUAAUAUUUCAAAAACCCAACUAUGAAAUAUUUUUAUUGUUCAAUAAUGUACACGUUUUUAUUUUUGAACAACACAACUAGGGAACUGGGUACCAUAUACAGUGUUACAAGGUAACAUGAUGUUGUUACAAGGAGGUUAUUCUGGUUCAAAGUCAGAUUCCAUUAAUAUUUCAGUGAGUCCUUGUGGCUAAAGUCUCCUGGAAUAUAAAGAAUAGUAGUAGUGACUGAAUUAUGCUGCUGUAAAAUUUAAAUUUAUUAUUGAUAUGCAAAACUUUAGUGAAUGUGGUCCAUACAUUGUAUGUGCACUACAAAGAAACUAUAAAGCUCGGUAAAUAUCUAAAUAAAAGCAAAGCGUGCUUAUGAAAGAAACAAUAACAGUAAAAAUGAAAAAAUUCAACGUAGUUUUCCGUGAAUAAAAUAUGCAACUCCUAUGUUCAUGCAGAAUCUGGUAUUUAAAAAUGCAAAUGCAGAGAACAUAGCUGAACUGGUCUCCAUGGAUGUGAAUAUUGGACUGGUCUUCCUUGUCCAGAUUGUCAUUGGAACCCUGGGGAAUUUUUCACUCUUCAGUCAGUAUUUAUUUCUCUACUUCAGUGGAUGAAGGUAAAGGUCGAUAGAUUUGAUCCUCAGGCAUCUGAUUGUGGCCAACCUCUUGGUCAUUCUCUCAAGGGGGAUCCCAGAGACCAUGGCAGCGUUUGGGGUGGAGCACUUCCUCAGUGAUUUUGCAUGCAAACUUGUUUUCUGUGUUCACAGAGUGGGUAGGGGUGUGACCACUGGUAAUACCUGCCUCUUGGGAGUCUUCCAGGCCGUCAUAAUGAACUCCAAGGGUUCUAAGUGGGCAGAGCUUAAAGUAACAGCUCAGAAGUACAUGAGCAUGUGUGCUGUGCACUGGUGGGUCCUGCAUUUACUGCUGAAUAUCCCUUUUCCUGCAAGUGUGACUGCCAGAUGGAAAAACACAAACAUCACCAAUGAAUCAGACUUUUCCUACUGUUCUGCUAGAGGUUAUGAGGAAUUUUUAUCAGUUGCUGUCAUAUUCUUCUCCAUCCCUGAUGCUUUGUGUAUGGUGCUCAUGCUCUGGGCCAGCAUCUCCAUGGUUUUCAUCCUACACAGGCACAAGCAGCAGGUGGAACACAUCCACAGGACCAAUGUCUCUUCUACAUCCUCCCCUGAGACCAGAGCCAUCUACAGCAUCCUCAUCCUGGUGUGCACAUAUAUAAAUUUUUACACCAUCUCCUGCUUCAUCCAAGUGUAUUUGACUGUUUUUCAUAAUCAUCACUCCUUAUUGAGAAUCGCUGCCUUCAUUAAUGCUUGUUUCCCGACUUUUUGCCCUUUUUUGCUCACGAACUGUGACCAUAGUCUAUCCAGAACCUGCGGCUACUAUUGUGAAAACAGUACACCAUCACCUAAAUUCAAAAGAAAAAAAUAUAUAUUGUCUGUUUUCUCCCUGUCUUUUGCAAUUCUCUUGUUCAGUCCCCAUCAAAUUCUGCACAAUUCAGAGGACCCAGGCUCCAUUCUUCGCCCUGCUUCGUGUUUCCUUCCUGACUUGACUACUUGACUGCACCAUUUAGCCUAUUUGCUCCCUGAACCACCUCAGCUGUUUUCACCUUGAAGUCUUAAACUCUUCCUGGUCUUUUUCAACACUCAAUAUGAUGAGACUUUCACAGUCCAGUGGCUGGGUGAGACCUUCUCUUUAUGAAAGGCAUUUAUGUAUCAGAACUGGAGUUAAAGCUCUCAAUAAAAUUUUCCUCUGUGGGCUUCAUCACUCAACAUGGAAGAAUAAUUCGAACACUUUCCAGAAAACAAAUCUAAGGGAAACCUGCACAUGAGCCAAACAAAGAUCUAAAUAUCAGCUUUAAAACCUGGCAUGGUAAAUAAAUAGCAGGAGAGGGCAUUUGGGAUGCUCUCUGAACAGAGCUUCCCUGCGCUUUAUUUUUUAUUUAUUUAUUUAUUUUUUAUGGUACUGGAGAUUGAACUCAGGACUUUGCACUUGCAAGGCAGGCACAGUGCCGCUGAGAUAAAUUCCCGGCCCUGAGCUUCCCUGGUCUUAAUUGUUGGGUGUGAGGUCCGUUGCACAGCUUGCCCCUGGCAGUCCCUUGCUAUCUCCGAUUCUUCACUUCCAUGUUCCAGUGUCCUAGUUGUUGUCUUUGGGAGACAAUGCUCAAGGUAAAUUAAUUCCAUGAUGGUCCUGUCCUGUCCUACACACUGGGGAGCCUCAGGGGUAGGUCUCCCCUGAGAUUUGUGCCUAUUCCUCUGGGGUACGCUAGAGGGAAGGACUGUAAAUUUCACAGGGACUCAACUGGACAGUACUGGGAAGUGUUGGGCUGUUAUGAAGGGCCAGUGGAUCCACACCUGACAGCGUUGACCAGUUUCUUUGUUUUUCUGAAACUAAGUUUCACACUGAUAAUUAUUUCCCUUUCUCAAAUUAUUUACAUUUGAUUAUUGAAUUUGUGAACUCAUUUACAUCUACUUUUAUCUACUUUCUUAACUUAUUGUGCUUAGCCUUUUAUUCCUUUAAAUUCCUGU